AGAAACAGAGGAGGUAUAUAAUAGUAGAGUAUCUUGUGUUGAGCGAUAGAGAUGUCGAUCGAUUUGUCAGUUUAUUGACUCGCCGCUGUUGACUUGUGUGCGCUCUCCUCACUGAUUGAUUGAUUUGGGAAGAGAGUCUGACUACGUAAGCUGCAGUGCGUCGCGUCGUCGUCUCAAGAGAAGCGAGAGUGAGGAGGAGAGGAGAGGAGGAGCAGAGCAGAGACAGCAGCGGGAUGGCCGGCGGGUUUGGCGGCAGCGGGGCGGCCGCCGGGAGGGCCGAGUUCUACGAGGGAAAGAUCACCGGCUACUUCAUCCUCGCCUGCAUCGUCGGCUCCUUCGGCGGAUCCCUCUUCGGCUAUGACCUCGGAGUCUCCAGCGGCGUGACUUCCAUGGACGACUUCCUGAAGAAGUUCUUCCCGGACGUGUACCAUCGUAAGCAGGCGCACCUUCACGAGACGGACUACUGCAAGUACGACAACCAGGUGCUGACGCUCUUCACCUCGUCGCUCUACUUCGCGGGCCUCGUCUCCACCUUCGGCGCCUCCUACGUGACCAAGCGCCGCGGCCGGCGCGCCAGCAUCAUGGUGGGCGCCACCAGCUUCUUCCUCGGCGGCGCCAUCAACGCGGCCGCCAUGAACAUCGCCAUGCUCAUCGUGGGCCGCGUCCUCCUGGGCGUCGGCAUCGGCUUCGGCAACCAGGCCGUGCCGCUCUACCUCUCCGAGAUCGCCCCCUACCGCAUCCGGGGCGCCGUCAACCAGCUGUUCCAGCUCACCACCUGCCUCGGCAUCCUCGUCGCCGACAUCAUCAACUACUUCACCGACCGUCUGCACCCGUGGGGCUGGCGCCUCUCGCUGGGGCUCGCCAUGGGCCCUGCCACCGCCAUCUUCGUCGGCGCGCUCUUCCUGCCGGAGACGCCCAACAGCCUCGUGGAGCGCGGGCACCUGGAGGAGGCGCGCCGCGUGCUGGAGAAGGUGCGCGGCACGCACAAGGUGGACGCCGAGUUCCAGGACCUCAAGGAGGCCAGCGACGCCGCGCGCGCCGUCACGGGCACGUUCCGGAACCUCCUCGCCGUGCGCAACAGGCCGCAGCUCAUCAUCGGCGCGCUCGGCAUCCCGGCGUUCCAGCAGCUGUCGGGGAUGAACUCCAUCCUCUUCUACUCGCCCGUCAUCUUCCAGAGCCUUGGGUUCGGAUCCUCGGCGGCGCUCUACUCCUCCAUCAUCACAGGCUCCAUGCUCGUCGUUGGCGCGCUCGUCUCCAUGGUCACCGUCGACCGUCUCGGCCGCCGGUUCCUCUUCAUCGAGGCCGGCAUCCAGAUGAUCUCCUCCAUGGUGGUCGUGGCUGUGAUCCUGGCGCUCAGUUCGGAAAGGGAGGAUGGACAGUUUGGGCAGAUUUUCCAUGUUGCUAGUACAACUUAUCUGGACAACAGGACAUAA